CGUCACGAGGUCAAUCGCCCUGCAAUAAGCUUGUUGGAGUGCACUCUGAAACUAGUCUCCAUCCUCUAUUACACUUUUCAUCGCUAUGGAUAUUAUCAUCUCAGAGCCCGUGGUCAGAUGUACUGAGGGAGAGAAUUGUAUUCUUGAACCGUGCGGCGAGCAGUGCGAUGUUUGGAAGAAGUAUCACCCGAAAACGCCUCCACCGCCAUGAAGCGCUUUAUAUAUAGAGCUGUAAGCUUUGUUCUCGAUCCCAACUCUCCGUGAACUUGCACCUUUGGACAUUAAUAUCUAGAUGUCACGGCGACGAUUUGUUGAACAGAAGAAUAGGCUCGCCGAAGAACUCAAUACCAAAUACCGAGGCAUAGCAAGCGCCAAUAUUGCGGUACUGGACUUUCCAUUCAAAAAUUUAAGAGAUGAGGACGAUAAGAAUACUGAAAGGCUCGAGAAGUAGUUCAAAAAUCAGAAAGGGUGUCUUGAUUGGGAUGUUUUCAACACAAACGUAAUUCUCACAUCAGUUUGCUGUGAGUGUUUACAAUAAGGGAGAGCACAUGAAUGACCUAUAUUUAUGAAGAGAUAAGUGCGUUUGCAGAAUGUACCAGUGAUUUAGCCGUUCAACGAGACUUUUCACAUUUGCACCGCUGGUGGACCUUCUCUGACGACAUAAUUCCCAGUGACGACGUAUUCAGGCAGGUAUCCUCCAGCAUAGCCGAAUUGCUCAAGAGACUGGAAGAGGUCCAUUGUUGGCGCAACCGCAUGGUAUCACAGCCUAUUGGCGUAGGCCACCCUUACCUUGGCCAGCUUGUUUUUCCUGGUUGGGCACAGGCAGUUCCACGCCUUGUGUGUACCGCGGCAUGCUGCACAUUUCCUGGGGGGGUUCCGGUCUCCUUUUGAUGGGUAGUCCCUUGAGUCAUAUUCUAGCGUGUAGUAGCCACAUGUCUUUACUGCUUUGCAUUGGGUUCCUAUAUGGCUAUAUAUCUGACACUUGAAACACUGCUUUAGGUGGCACUGCUGCUUAUAGCGCUCGCUCUGCAUCCUCUGGCCUUAUAAUAAUUGACAAUAUUGCUUUACUUGGUGCCCGCUGGGUAAGCUAUCUGAUGUAUUUGAUCUCUGCGUUUAGGAUAAAAGGUUUAUUAUCUUGUAGGAUGGCGUUUCUUAUGUCUUCCUGCUUAUCCAUGUUGACUGUGCUAACCCGUAUGCCAUGUACUAAGACGCUGUAGGUCAGCUUCCUGACUGAGGACCCGCUACCAACUCGUGCUACCUAGUCGUCUGUGAAUUGCUGUAGGAGUUAAGUCUCCUUACCUGUUGUUGUUCGGAUACUGAGGUCUCCGCUCUUUAAUUGGUUGGCUGACAUUAUAGUGAUACCAGUGAUGUGUUUAUUCUUGCUUUAGGUAAUCGCAUACUUGACAUAUAUUUUAAGAGUCUGUGGGUUAUUGCUCGUAGUCGUUCGAUUAUGUGGCUAUCCCUGAUAUUUACUAUGAUCUCCCGCUGGGUCGGCGUGGUGGGAGGCAUCCUUUGCUUAUGUCACGAAACCGAUAGAUGGGAUCUACUCAAAUAUCACGUGAGGUGAAAUAAUGAGAUUGUCAACUAUCUACUAGAUCGCGUGGUACAGGUGUAGUACCAGGGUCAAGAUAUUGCAUGAAAGAGAGAAUAUCUGAGAGUAGCCCAUACUUCAAUAUAUAAGGAAAAGGGGGAGGGCUUGUCCACCUUUCCUAAUUGGGGGUCGGGGCAUGGUUCACUAACACUGGAUUGUGUUGGCUUUCAUCAGGUUAUGUUAGCCAGUGCUGGCUGACUCCAGGGCUGGUUCGCCAACACUGGGUUGUGUUGGCUUUCAUCAGGUUGUGUUGGCUAGUGCUGGCUAAUGUUUGGGUUUAGGUAAGGCAACAGAAUGGUGCCUAUCACGUGUCAUAGGGGUGACCCCGUGAUAGUACCCCCGUCCUAGCCGGCGAAGCCUCUAGAGAGGAACCCGGGGGAGAAUUUUUGGGAGCUCAGGCUCGGGUGUUCGGGUCCGGGUCAUCAGAUGUUCUGGUUCAGGCGUUCAGGUUCAGGUGUUCAGAUUCGGGUGUUCGGGUUCAGGUCGGGUUGCUACGGUUUCGGAGCUUGCGUCAUAGUCGCUCAAUCUGGGAUGUAUUUUAUGCUUCAUACUCAGCGAGAGCUGCUGUCUCAAGUAAGGCUUCUUCAGGUUCCCAGGUGUUAUCAUCCGGGUUAUCAUAUCCACGCCAUUUGACCAGGAACUGUAGUCGGUGGCGGUGGAUUCGGGCGUCGAGGAUCUGUUCAAUCAGGUAUUCGUCUUCUCUAUCAACCUUAAUUAGGGGUGGAGGCUCCUGCUGCUGGCUAGGUAGCGGUUUAUAGUCAGUUGCUGGCAUCAGGUUCGAUAUAUUAACUAUAGGCCAUAUAUAUACUAAGCUAGGUAGCUUUAAUUUAUAUAUAUAAGGUGAUACUUUCUUUUCAA